CAGGAGGACUGUGAGCUGCUGCGCGCGGGGCUGAGAGCCCAGCCCUGCCUGGCGCGGCCUCAAGCCCUGAGCGGCACCAGGUGCCCGGAACUUUGGGCACAGCCUCUGGGACUCCCUGGCCACCAGCAGACGGGAUGGUGAGCUCCCUGCAUCCUGUUCUGUGGGCAUGGGUAGGCAGAGCCAGGCACAGCGGACCCCUGUGGGGUGAGUGUGUGCUGGGAACUGCCUCACACCUGAUAAAAAAGCCAGUGGAGGAGUGAGUGCUGCUAUUUUAUGUUGUCGAAUGGAUCCUCUGGGAUUGAUAAGGGGAGGGGACAAAGAUUCGGCAGAGAAAGGGUUAGGGUACCCCACCAGUUUGGGCAGGCACUAGAUGUGCCAAGUGGGGCACAUCUCCAAAGGGCAGCUGGACUUCCAGAGCUACCUGGGGUCCCCUCCCCUGCCUGCAGGCCUUCCCACCCCAGGCUUCCGUGACCACAGGUGCUUGCCUCCUGCCCCUUGGUGCCCGUCUGCUGAUGUGCCCAGCCUGUGCCCGCCAUGCCGCCCUCCAUCUCGGCCUUCCAGGCCGCGUAUAUUGGCAUCGAGGUGCUCAUCGCCCUGGUCUCCAUACCUGGGAACGUGCUGGUGAUCUGGGCAGUGAAGGUGAACCAGUCACUGCGGGAUGCCACCUUCUGCUUCAUCGCGUCACUGGCAGUGGCUGAUGUGGCAGUGGGUGCUCUGGUCAUUCCCCUUGCCAUCCUCAUCAACGUUGGGCCACAGACCUACUUCCACACCUGCCUCGUGGUCGCCUGCCCUGUCCUCAUCCUCACUCAGAGCUCCAUCUUGGCCCUGCUGGCAAUUGCUGUCGACCGCUACCUCCGUGUCAAGAUCCCGCUCAGGUACAAGACAGUGGUGACUCCCCGAAGGGCUGUGGUGGCCAUCGUUGGCUGCUGGAUUCUCUCCUUUGUGGUGGGCUUGACACCUAUGUUCGGCUGGAACAACCUGAGUGCUGUGGAGCGGGCCUGGGUGGCCAAUGGCAGUGUAGGUGAGCCCGUGAUCAAGUGCCAGUUUGAGAAGGUCAUCAGCAUGGAGUAUAUGGUCUACUUCAACUUCUUUGUCUGGGUGCUGCCUCCACUGCUUCUCAUGGUCCUCAUCUACCUGGAGGUCUUCUACCUGAUCCGCAAGCAUCUCAACAAGAAGGCGUCGGCAUCCUCUGGCGACCCGCAGAAGUACUAUGGGAAGGAGCUGAAGAUCGCCAAGUCGCUGGCCCUCAUCCUCUUCCUCUUCGCUCUCAGCUGGCUGCCCCUACACAUCCUUAACUGCAUCACCCUCUUCUGCCCUUCCUGCCAUAAGCCGAGGCUCCUCAUGUACAUCGCCAUCUUCCUCACACAUGGUAACUCGGCCAUGAAUCCCAUCGUCUAUGCCUUCCGCAUCCAGAAGUUUCGGGUUACCUUCCUUAAGAUUUGGAACGACCACUUCCGCUGCCAGCCUGCACCCCCCAUUGAUGAGGAUCCUCCAGAAGAGAGGCCCGAUGACUAGACUCCACCUCCUGCACACAUCUGGGGCAUCGCAGCCCAGUCCUCACCUCCCUGCUGUCCCGCCUGUCUCCCUUGUCUCCCUGACCCUUACUGGGCUUUGGGCUGUGAGCGCCCUGCACCUCGAGGUCCUAGAGGAGUUUUGGGAGGGCAGUCCAUGGGGAAAGAACGAGGUAAUCUGAGGGGAGGAGGAAAGUGGCUUGAGUCUCCCCACCUGCCUGACCAACCCACAGGCAGCCCAGCGCAUCAGGCUGAGUGGGGCUUGGGGACACUGAGACUGCCAUGGGGCCAUGUGGGCCAGAAGGGCAAGCUCAGCUCCCAUGGAGGGAAAGGAGGGGAGUCUGCUUGUCUUAGGUGGUAGUGGUACAGGCCUGGGACCAAGUUUAAGGAGAGGAGAAUAUCCCCGCCAAGAUGGAGGGAAGGAGAGAAACUAGAUGUCCUGGCCUUGUUUUCUCUCCUGUUCUGUAGCAGAAGGUGGCCAGAGCCACUGACAGGCAGGAAUCAAGGAGCCUCAGUCCCCACCUCCCAGAACCCUGUGUUCCUGGCCAUGCUGCAUGCCAGGGUGCCUGCUCUCUUUGCCCUGGGGAUUCCAGGGUUAUACUUGGGAGAGGCCGAAAGAGCGAGUCCAGAAAUAAUUUCCAGUGUUUGCUUUAUUCUCCACUAGCCCUUGCACCUGAGUGGAGGCUCCGAGCUCUCUGGAGCUCAUGUGGAAUGGUAGGUGUGGGCCUCAAACAGCCACUGGGAGACAGUGUUGAGCCCUCAUCCUUGCCCUGAGCCUCCCAAGUAGGAGACUUGGAGUGUAACUGCCUGUCCUCUGGGCCACCAGCUCUCGGUGAUGGGCAUGUGCCCUCCUAGGUGACACCCAUCUCUGUUGCUUCUGAGCCAGAUGGAGAGGAGAACCCCAGACAUGCCAACUCUUGGGAGUAUUCUGCCUGCCUGGGAAGUGAAUGAAGAAGGGAAAGUGGGCUGCUGUGGUCACGCUGGGAUGAAGUGGGACAGGGUGGUCAGGCCAGAGGAGGCUACCCUCCUAGGUGUAUGCGCAGGAAGGUCUUACCAGAAUUUAGGUACCCUCAGUACCCCUGACACUGAGCACAGUGUUCAUGGGCUUUGAGGCUCUGUUGCAGAGUCUAGGCCUUUAGACUAAACCCUUGGGGAAGGGUCCACUCCUGGCCAAGCCCAAAGCUCCUUAUACAGAGGAAUGAGGGCCCAGGUUCUAAGUGUGAAUAGCAACUCCAGACAUGAUUCCAGGCCCUUCCCUCUCUCAGAGGUGGGAUAUCCCCUGGCUCCCAGGGUGGGCCACUUGACUAAUAAAAGACUGUGAACUCUCAUGGAGAACGUACCCCACCACUAUCUGAGGGCAACAAACAACCUCAA